AUGAUCGAUGUUGUGACUGUCAUGUUGAUGAUGAUCAAUGCUGGCCGAUCACAACACAUAGAAGUACCAAACUGCUCGUUGGCAGGACAGACCUAUGUCAAUGGAUUUAGAUUAGAUGACAAUAGCUCGUUGGCAAUACAACAAACAUUCGUAGGACUAUGUUACACUGACGAAGGUAUUCAAUUUAUACCCAACUGCGCCGACGAUAACAUUCAAUCACCAUACACACAAUGCAAUCAAGACCUCUUUAACGCCGAUGUAUUCGAGGUGUUCUUGUCGAGUGAUUCUACCGAUGAAGCACCAACCUACUAUCUCGAGGUUGAAUUGUCACCACAUGGUGUUCUGUUUGUCACCUAUGUCGUAAAUCCAAAUGGUGUCUGCAAUGGUAUCGAAGACACCCUAGUCGAUUGCGGACAAAGUGGAAUCAUCUACAAUGCAACCAUCAAUAGUCAAGGCUGGAAUGGUUACCUCUUGAUCCCAUUCAAUCUCAUCGAUAAGGCAUCCAGAGUAUCACCACCAACUCCCAUCAAACCUGGAUCACAAUUUAGAAUCAAUAUGUUUCGUAUAGAUACUCCAUUAGGUUCUUAUAAAGAGUACAGCGCGUGGCACCCGACCGACGAAUCUCCCCCAUGUUUCCAUGUACCUUCUAAAUUUGGCUAUUUAACUUUAUUUUGUGAUUGUUGGUUCGCAGACAGAAGUUCAAAGAAAUUUUUUACUCUUUUGAUUUUACUCAAAUUAUUAACUCAUCCCUCUUACUCAACAAGUGUUUAA